CACUAAUUUCUCAUCAAUACAAAUGUAGAUUAUUUACUGUUAGUCACGAAUAUGAAUUGCUCUCCGUCCUAUUCGUUUAACUGUAUUGUAUUGUACGCGUGCGUGCGUUUGGGGUUUAUACAUAUGUACAUAUACAUGCGUCAAUUUAGGAAAAAUUAAUUCCUUAUAAAAAAAGGUUAAUGGUAAGAAAUCUAUUACUAUGUCGAAGGAAAAUAUUAACUUACCAAAAGCUCCAAAUGAUCUAUGUUUUUCUGAAGUUGAUUUUAUUCAAGAAAAUUUCAAUGUCGAUACCUUUCUCCAAGAACACAGAAAGAGCACAAAAUUAGAAACAAUGCGUGAUGAUCUUGGAAUAUACUUGAAAUUGUUAAGGUCUGCUAUGAUUGAUUUAAUCAAUCGAGAUUAUACAGAUUUUGUAAAUUUAUCAAGUAAUAUGAUUGGUUUGGAUAAGGCUAUAAGUGAUUUACAAACACCUUUAGGACAAUUAAGGGAAGAAGUAAUGCAAGUACAACAGAUCCUGGAUGAUGAAGUUACGGCAAUUACUCAUAAUAUGAACGAAAAUAAGAAAACACGAGAAUACAAGCGAAGUGUAUUCAGCUUACAGCAUAUUUAUAAAUCUUUGAAUAAACUUUCAACUAUAUUGUCUUUAAACACAUUCCUUGAAUGUCCUGCUAAAAUAGAUAUUUUAGAACAAGCUGCUGCAGAAUUUAAUCAAUUAGGAUUUCAUAUGUCUAGGUGCAAACUGAACAUUAUCAAUGAAAACCAAAAAGAAGCUGAAGAACUUGAACAGUCUUAUAUGACAUACCUCAAUGAAUUUUUCUUGGCAAGUAUACAAGAAAAAAAUUCUUUUUUAUUAAUUCGUUGCUUAGGAAUUUAUGUUACACUUGAUAAAAUAAGUGAUGCAGAAGAUCUAGUGAGGAAAGAGAUUGUUGGUCCAUUGAUUCAUAACGUAAUUAAUACGGAAAACUUGAAAACUGAUUUACUAGGUCUACAAAAUAUAUACAAUAGGUUACUGAACAUUUUAAAUGUAGAACUUAAACAAUUAUUAGACAUUACAUUAUAUCCAAAUAGACUUUCUGUGAAAGGUUUUAAUUUUUUGGUGAACAGUUUUUGGAUUGAUGUAGAAGAAAAGAUUGAGCAAUAUAUAAAAUACAUCUUUGCUCCUGGAGAUCCAAUAUUAUUUCAUUCAAGAUAUGUAGCAACCCUGGAGUUUUUAGAAAAAUUGGAAGCUGAGUGUAUUACUCCCGAAUCUUUAAUUACAUUACAAAAGAAUUUGCAAUAUAAAAACUUUUUGAAGAAGUGGAAUUUACCAGUAUAUUUUCAAAUUAAAUUUCAAGAAAUAGCUAGUGGAAUUGAGACAGUUUUAACUGAAUCAAUAUCACCAGCAUCUGUAAAAGGAACAUUGGAGUCCCUUACACAAGAUGAUUUUUCUCUUUAUGCAACUUGUAUUAUAUGGGAAAAUCUACAAACGAUUUGGGAUAAUAAUGUAUAUCUACAUCAACUGUUUCAUAGAUUUUGGAAAUUCAGUCUUCAGAUAUGUGCCAGAUAUCGAAUAUGGAUUCAAACAGUGCUUAAAGAAGUAUGGCCGAUAGAAAAUGAAAUAAGCAACUUAAACAAAGUAGAACAUUCCACAAAACUUAACUUCCUAAUUUGUUUGUAUAAGGAUGUAGAAAAAUUUGUAAAUAUACUUCCAUUUCUUUUUGAAAUAGCUCGAUCGAAAUUUAAACAAGAAAAUCCAAGGAUAUUGACGCUAUUAAAAGAUUCUCUCGAUGAAACGAUAAAGAAUUUAAAAACAAUUUGGCCACAAAUUACAAAAGAAAUAGUGGAUGAAUUAUUGAAACAAUGUGUAACACAUCUGAAACAAGUCAGUGAUAUUCCGAGAUUAUUUAGACGAACAAAAAGGGAUGUACCAACAAAACCAUGCUCUUAUGUAAAAAAUACUCUUGUGUUCCUCCUCAAUUUUCAUGCAGAUUACAAAAAGAUAAUACCAGAUAAUGUUAAUUAUUGGUUGGAAUUGGCCCUUUCUGAGUUAACUGAACAUUAUCUAGCUUCUGUAACAGACGUAUUAACUUCAGUGCAAAAAACUGAAGAGAGUUUAAGAAGAUUGAAAAAAAUACGCGACAAAUCCACAGGGUCUCUUACUUCCGAAGUUCAAGGAAUCAGCGAUGAUGAAAAAAUACGAAUUCAGUUACAAGUUGAUGUACAAGCUUAUGCUAAUAUGAUUACAGAGAUGCAGAUUUCAAUUUCAAAUGUGCUUUAUAUGAAAGAAUUGUUACACGCUGUUGAAACCGCAAUCAAAAAAUAAUAUUACUUUUUUCUCUAUUUCUUUAAUUUUUAAAUAAACUAAUUUAAACUCUCUUA